UUUUGGGAAUUUCAAUUAUCCAAAAAAUAAUAAUAACGAAUUAACAUUAGAUAAAAUCCAAGAGACAAGUAAAGUGAAAAGAAAAAAAAAAUGGUGGCUCGAAAGUUUCUGGUUCGCCACGACGACUCCGCGUUUGCCGUCGAUUACGACACCGAUGACGGUUUCGAAGUAUUUCAGUUUCAGAUCUUCUCUCUCACUUCAAUCCCUCCCGAAGACCAAAAGAUCAUCGGGGAAGGUAAUGAUCGGAUCGUAUCGGACGAUUCCAGCCUGGCUGCGGUUUCGGAGAAGCUUCGAUUGGUAUCGAUCGCCGCUGAGGAGGAGAGAAAACUGGAGAAACAAGAAGAGACGACGAGUAAUACCGCUGGCACCGACACCGGGUACUUCGAUGCCGGAACCACCGUGAUGUCCGAUGAGGAAUUGGCACGAAUGUUACAGGCAGAGGAGGAAGCGCUUUUGCUUGAACAAUAUGUAGCAGGUGAAAAUGGUAGCCAGUUUGAAGAGAGAAUUUGGCCUUAUGUUAGUCAAGUUCUCAUGUAUGAGGAUCCUGUACGCCAGGAAGCAGCUCGGAAGACGGUUCCUGCAGAUAAUCUUGAGGAGAAAGCGUUGGUUUCUUUGGCCAAGGAGGGGAAUCUUAAUCCGUCAAAAAUUGAACAAGAUCAUGCUUUCCUACUCCAGCUGCUUUUCUGGUUCAAAAGAUCCUUCAGUUGGGUUCAUGCACCUCCUUGUGAUGGUUGUGGUAAUGAAACCGAUGGUCAAGGAAUGGGUGAUGCACUCCCUUCAGAAAUUCAGUAUGGAGCAACUAGAGUUGAACUUUACUGUUGCAAUACUUGUUCAAGAGUUACUCGAUUCCCACGCUACAAUGAUCCACUGAAGCUUGUGGAAACAAGGAAGGGGCGUUGUGGAGAGUGGGCCAAUUGCUUCACAUUGUACUGUCGUGCUUUUGGCUAUGAAUCUCGUCUGGUCCUGGAUUUUACAGACCAUGUUUGGACGGAGUGUUACUCAGAAGUUCUGGGAAGGUGGAUGCAUCUUGAUCCUUGUGAAGCAAUAUAUGACAGACCAUUAUUAUAUGAAAAAGGGUGGGAGAAGAAAUUAAAUUAUAUAAUUGCUAUUGCAAAAGAUGGAGUUUAUGAUGUCACAAAACGUUACACAAGGAAGUGGGAUGAGGUUUUGUCUCGACGAACUCUUACCACAGAGUCCUCUCUAGUAUCUGUUCUUGCUUCAAUGACGAAAGAAUGCCGAAGAGACUAUACAUCUCAAGUUCUUUCUGUACUUGAAGAACGUGACAACAUUGAAAGGGAAGCUCUAGAGAGAGAUUCACAUUCUACUGAUGAUGCUUCAAUCUUGUUACCUGGGAGGCAAAGUGGGAGUUUGCAAUGGCGCAUUGCAAGAUCCGAAUUUGGGACUGACUCUCUGAGUUCAUCUUCUUGUCCAGUUCGUAUGUGUAGAGAUGAGCACGUUACAAGAAUCUAUAAUGCAUUUUCUGCUAUCCUUCAUAAGUUUGUUGAGGAUUCUUUAAUUGUAUCCAAAGGUGUUGAAGUUCUCAAGAUUUUUAGGGCCACUGUUGUAGAUCUCAAGAAAUUACCGUAUAAAGAAAGGAGAGCUUCUUUAAAGUCAAACUCAAUUGUUGGAACAUCUUUGAUGCAUCAUUUGCUACCCUCUUUUAAUGAGUUGCUUAAUGCGCUUUCGCUGAAGAGUGAACUGGAUACUAAUGGCAUUGUCAGUGUUUGCUUAGCUGGUGACCCUGUUGAAACUGCUUUAGCAUUGCCUGUUGCCUUGCAUGCUUUGGACGAAUUGAUCAGUGACCUUAGCAAAUGUUACAACUUUAGUAAAGGUUCUCUAUCCUUUCCUCUUCUGAGAUUGAAUAGAAUAUGUUCCGGAGCAGUCCUUGCAAGUGGUGAAGAGCUUCCUUUUGGGAUUGCCACAGCAGCAUUUGAUGGAACUCGCAUGUCUAAAUGGGUGGAACCUAGUGGCGCUAAAGGUUGUUAUAUCAUGUACAAAUUAUCUGGCAGCAUACAGGAACUUGUUGCAUAUGAGUUAAUGUCAGCCAAUGAUGCUCCAGAAAGAGAUCCAAUGAAUUGGGUGGUUGAGGGAAGUAACGAUGGAGGAUCAAGUUGGCAUGCUUUGGAUGAACAAACCUCUCAGGUGUUUGAUAAACGUUUUCAACGAAAAACAUAUAAAAUAAGAUCAACAGGUUUCUUAUCAAAUAUUUUCAGAUUCCGGUUUUUGGCAGUAAGAGACGUUGAAUCAACCUCACGGCUGCAAGUGGGUAGCAUUGACCUGUAUGCUAGUCUAAGUUAAUGUUCCUUGUAACUUACCGAAGAAAACUCGAGGAUCAUCGUUGCAAGUGAAAGAACCUUGUGAUUUAAAUCUGUUUAGCUUUAUUCAUGGCUUUCCUGUCUCCUCCAACCCAUAAUGGCUAGGUCAAGAAUCUGGCAUAUUGGAGUAUAUUUGUUUGUGUGCUGAUAAAUAUUUACUCGAAAUCAUUUCUUGUAGCAAACAUAAAAAAGACUUGACUACCCAAAGAUUUUUCUUUUUUAAUCUUUCAAACUCGCUUUAAACCUCCUACUCUUUGGGAAACUACCUAGUAAGAUGCCUUUUCUAGUAUGUUGCUUUGGCCAUUUAAGUGAAGUAGGUAUUUUUAAUCAUAA